GUUCACCACACACGAUCUUUGGCAGCGGUAUUACGACGAGACGCUGUUUCCACGGUUUUAGCCGAUUUUUCUCGAAGUGUUUCGCCGCCGGUGGAGCUGCUCCCUUUAAACAGGCGGCUUCUCCGCAGUUUUCCAUCCGCUCUUUGUCCGCCAGGCGACGCGUUUCUUUUUAAGGUGAUGUCGCACACAUUCAUGGUGACUUAUUUUGGCUCCUGUCGUAAUGUCGGCUCUCCGAAACUUGGACUGACACAGCCACACUGAACUAGGGAGCGGUGACGGCUGGACUCAGGAGCGGAGAGUCCAGCGAGCAUCCCCCCCGGCGGCGGGGAGCAUCACAUGUCAAAGCGGCGGAGCUUUAGCUGAGCUCCGGACUGACAUCGGUCCAGCGCCCUUGCCUGAAUCAAAGGAAGCCCCGGGAGGACACCAGAAACCGAAGCCCUUCUUCUCCAGGACAGAAAUGUCUGCUCUGUUAUUAGAAAACGCAGGUUGGCACCGAGGCGCAGCUGAGAAACGGUGAAUGCGGUGAAACUCUGACUCAACCCGCAAUGUCAUGGAUGUUUGGAAGAAACAACUGGCUCUUUCUGGCUCUCCUUUAACAGCCUUUUGAUAAACGAGCUCCGCCUCCCAUUCUGCCUGAGGACCUCCGACCUUAACGACAAACGAUGACCUCCCCUGACUCGCCUCCCCUCGUCUCCCCCUCCCCAUGUCCGGCGCCUCCCCCGUCCCUGCCCUCGUCCCCCGCUCCCUCGUCCCCGGCCCCGUCCUCCUCCUCCAUCCCGGCCCCCCCCUCGCUGCCUCCCACGGGCGAGGUGAUGGUGCUGGCUCUGGGCAGGAAGAAGCAGCGCGUGCUGAUUGCGCUCUCCAUCCUCCCUAACCUCUUCCUGGCCUUCCUGCUCUCCUCCGACCCCCUCAUCACACUCUCGCCGCCCCACCACUGCCGCCUGCCGGGCCCGUCGCCCUCGCCGGAGGCGCUGAAUGCCUCCCUGCCCUGGGAGAAGGGCGCACGGCCCGGGGAGACCGGGAGCCCGUCCCAGUGCAAGCAGUACGCCAACGGCAGCCAGUCGGCCGUGGUGGACUGCGAGUCCGGGUGGGACUACAAUGUGACGGAGGGGCUGAAGAACAACAUCGUCACCGAGUGGGAUCUGGUGUGCGGCCAGUACUGGCUGGUUCCGGUGGAGGAGGUGUGCUUCAUCCUGGGCGUCCUGACUGGAUGCCUCAGCCUGGGCUACACAGCCGACAGGCUGGGCAGGUCCAAGACCCUGCUGAUCUCUCUGACUCUGUCGGUGGUGUUUGGGGUGCUGGUGUGCGUCUCCCCGUACCCUUCCAUCUUCAUCGUCAUGCGCUUCUGCCUGGCUGCUGCCAGCGCAGGGGUCUACCUAACUCUGUACAUCGCCCGUCUGGAGCUGUGCGAGCCGUCGCUCAGGCUUGUGGCGACCAUGCUGGCCGGGUUCAUGACCGUGGCGGGGGAGCUGCUGCUGCUGGCCGUGGCCCUCGGCUGCCAGUCCUGGAGGGGCCUGCUGGGAGCCGGGGCGGCUCCUCUGACGCUCUUCCUCAGCUACGGCGUUCCCGGUGUGUUCCCAGAGUCCCCUCGCUGGCUCCUCCUGUCGGAGCGAUCCGCGGACAUGAACGCGUUCAGCGAGAGGAGGAACUCCAACAGAGACCUGAGGGACGACGAGAGCUUCACAGAGCUGGACUCGGAGCCGGCGCCCUCCUCCCGCCCCCACCUGUCCUUCCCCGAACUUUUCCACAGUAAGAACAUCUGGAAGAACAUCUGCGUCCUCGGCUUCACCUCAUUCAUCUCUCACGGCAUUAGUCACUGCUACAGCUCUUUCCGUGGUGACGUCAGAGGCACCGCCCCCAGCUUCUACUGGACGUACCUGCUGUCCGUGAGCGCGGGGGGCGGGGCCUGGGUGCUGCUCUGGGCGACGGUGGACAGGUGCGGUCGCCGUGGCAUCCUGCUCCUGUUCAUGACGACGACGGGCCUGGCCUCUUUGAUUCUCCUGGGACUCAUGGAGUAUCUCAGUGAGACGGCCAUCACGGUUUUCUCAGUGCUGGGUCUUUUCUCCUCCCAAGCCACUGCAUCGCUCUGCAUCCUCUUCACCGCAGAGAUCAUGCCCACCGUCAUCAGGGGCACCGGCGUGGGCGUGGUGCUCGCCCUGGGCUGCGUGGGCCGCCUCAGCUCCCCGAUCAUGGACCUGCGGAACCACUACGGCUACUUCCUGCACCACGUCAUCUACUCGUCCCUGGCGCUCCUGGCCGUGCUCUCCAUCCUGCUGCUGCCCGAGAGCAAGAGGAAGCCGCUGCCUCAGACGCUGGGCGACGGGGAGCAGUACCGGCGCCCCCCGCUGGGCCGGAGGAGGAGGGACAACGUGCCGCUGCUAGCCACCCCAAACCCAGAGACAUAAAAGAGAAGGCUGCCGCAGCGCCGCCACGCAAACAGAUGCCCGUCUUUCGUGUUUGUUCGCAGGAGGAGAGGGAGAGAGACGUAGCAAUAUGGAAACAAACCGGAGGACGACUGGAGAUGAAAAGGGCUGUUACGGACUUUAUGCUUCCUAACAUAUCGCACUCUGUCAUUCCAGACGCAGACAGACUGCUUGAGCUGCCUCAGACUUCACAUCUCUCCGUUUUUUUUUUUCUUUUUUUCCGAACAUUUAGAUUUACUUCUGAACAUUAACAACAUCCACACACAUCCAGGAAGCUCUUCAUUUUCUGUCAUGAGACACACCAGCAUUCAGCUACACCUCUGUGUCUGUGUGUCUGUGGUAGAGGCUGCAUCCUCCGGCUGCAGGCGGCAGUCAUUUGUUACUGUUCCUAUUUUUUUUAUGUAUUUGAUGUGGGUGAGAAGACAAAAAGCGCUCAGAAGUGUAGAAAAAUCAAGGUUAAUUUUUUAUUUUUUUAUAAAAUAAAUAUCCGAUCUGGCACUGGAGCCUGAUGGGGAACAGCAGCUGUAACAGGAAAAACAACAACAAAAACACAUUGUAAAUACUCUUAGGUUUUAAUUUCUUUGGGGCAUCUGAGUUUUGUUUUUUAAUGCCAGACUCGGUGGCCGGAGCGAUCCAGUCUGCUAUGUAGCGUGGCGACGAGAGAAGAGCACUUUGAAUAUUCUGCUUU